AUUUUGGCCGACCAAGAGCGCGUUCAGCUAGAGACUGUGCUCGCGUCAACGGCCAUGUUGGUUGUGUCAUUUUCAUAGCCACCACGAGAGCGCGCCUCCCUCUACCUACCGUUGCAACUAUCUGAAUAAUCUCAAUUGCGCACACUCCCACUAUCGACACUAUUCACUCCCUUCUUCUGCUACUAACUCCGACUCGCGAAGCUGCACCAGGAUACCAUAGAAAAAGUCACAAGGCGAACCAGCGUGCCGCCACCUGAUUCGUCAAACCACCGGUUUACCUGGCCAAUAGAGAAAUGUGCAAAUUUUCAUGCAGGAAUCACGCCCCGGCUCCUGGCGUGCAUUACGAAUCAACGUGAGCUCGACGUAGGUCGUGUUUAAUAUGAAACAGCCAAGAUUUGUGCUCAGAUAAAUUGCAUAUACGAUCUGUCAUUGGUUUUACAAGGAAAGGCUAUCUCGGAAUGGAUCGUAAAGCUAUAGAGUCCCCUAGCCCGUGCCCCUGGCUAUGAUAUCGAGGUUAUGGUUUUUUCACCACGUCUGGCAUUCUUCUUUUGUAAAAUUGAAAUGCUACUUAUUCGCUUUUUAGAAACAAUGCUACCUCUACCCGGAUGCUAUAUCAAGGACGUACAACUGAAUUGAGAAAGACAGUCGUGGAAGAGGUUAAGGGUGAUUUUCUGAAAGUGGCAGGAACUCCCUAUAGAUAAAAUAAAUUCUAUUAAAUCAAACGCAGUUGUGAACGUAUAUUGUUAAUGGACUGAAGAUACGUGUGAGAUCAGACACAAGACUCGUGCAAACAAAAAUAAUGCAGUGUUCACUAAUCCAUUGUACACCUAAACAGCCGGAAUUCUGGAACGCAUAAAGACAGUAUAUAAAAAUUAUUUUAAAAAAUUAAUUUUUGAAUUGUCAGAGACAACAAAACUUUUAAUGGAAAAAUCUGUCGAAAAAAUUGCAAAAUGAAAAAGUACGUGUAAUCAUUUGCCCAGCACUAACGACCAGCUCUUCAGGAUAUUGACUUUAACUUCGAUAAGUCCAUUCUCGUGGCUGAAGAAUCCUUUCAGCAGCUUUGCAGUCAGCCAACCUGGAUUCAGGAUGAACUCGAGCAUCGUGGGCGACACAACCAGCACUACCGUCGCCGAAGUCGUAGCUCUAAAUCCCAAGAUGGCUUUGGGUAAUAGUACUGCGUUCGACGGCGACCUGGAUAUAUCCCCAGUAACCUUGUCAGCAGAUUGGUCGAGGGUAGCUCGAGUUCUUCUAUUCACGUCACUUGCAGCCGUCGGCAGCGUCGGUAACGUCUUCAUGAUCUCCGCCGUGAUGGUCGAGGAUCAACUGAAAAAAAGGGGAAAUGCCUUUCUGGUGAACGUGGCGCUAGCUGAUCUCCUCGUGACCGGUCUGGUGAUACCAGCCUCAGCCAUAGUAAUUCUAGCCGGUCAAGAAGAGUUGCUGAGUACCUGCAGAUUCGAAUGGACCCUGGAGGCACUGUGCUUCCUGGUGACAGUCCUGACCCUGGCGACAAUAGCAGCAGAAAAUUACGCUAGGCUGUGUCUGCCGGCUGAAAGGUACGCAGCCUUGACUCCUGGCAAGGUGACAACCGUGAUCCUAGUAGCAUGGCUCAUAGCAGCCAUGGCAGUAGGACUCCAAUCAUCCCUCGACCUGGGUCCAGAUUUCUGCGGAGGAAAGUUCAAUGGCAUCGCCAUGGAGCAGGCAGCUGGCGCUAGCAUACUGGUAGGACUACCAGCCCUGAUAACGAUCUUCCUCUACUUCAGACUGGUAAUGAGAGUUCGCGGCGCGACACGGGGUUCCUUCAAGCAGCCAAUCACCUUCGCCUGGGACUACGAACUAACCAAGACGAAUAUGUAUAGCUUCGCCCUGUUUGCUGUAUUCUGGCUUCCAUUCGGCGUGGCCAUCUGCGUGAGUUCGGUGCGCCACGUGAGCGUGCACGUCCAUUAUAACCUGGCCUGGUUCGCCCUGUCAAAGUCAUGCGUGAAUAAUCUUCUGUAUUGCGUGGCCGAUCGUCACUUCAGGAGCGCCUACGUCAAGUUGUUCCACUAUUGCUGCUGCAAGACCACGGUGAGUUUCUCCAGGCGUCAGCGGGGCGACGGAGGUCGUGCUUCCGGUGACGUGAAGCUUAGGGUUCAUAUUAUUCACUCGUACGCGAGUCCAGCAUCAUGCCGUCCGACAGCAACCAGACCCAAUGGCCGCGACGUCUAUGAACUCUAGAGGAAAAGAUCGUCGAUAGUCAGCAUGUAAACGUAUAAACGAAUUCAGGAAGCUGGACAGUCCCCAAAUCCAAAACGCUCCAUCCAGCCUUAACCGCGAUACUUAGAUCACCAUACCUCAUUUCGCUGUAUUGGCAAAUUUUUAUAACGGAUGGCUGCGACCUAUGGACACUACGUAGGACGUUGCCAGACUAUAGAAAAAAAUCAAUCCCGACGAAGUUCCACGGCCAGGAUACCUCCUGGACUUUUCAUUUCGUCGAACCGGAACCGGUUUUCCACAACAGGGAGAGUUGGUUUAGCCUCGCAUUCUUAGGAUUCUCUUCCUGCGCCAACUGCAAAGAAACUCUAUGAAUUUACGGUCGAUUAACCUAACCUAACUGAACCGUACAACCUGGAGGAUGUAACUCUGGCUAUAACAAUGAGUGCAAAAGUCUACUUUCUAAGAACACAUACCUGCUCUCUGGGAUUUUUCCUUUCCUCCAUAAAGAUCCUUUCGUUCCCUUUGGUUGGUACGCUUCCACGUGCUCGUUGAAGAGCUUCCUCAUGCUUCCUGACCCAAGUCGUACAAUCUCGUUGUUCAGGUUGUUUGGUUCAGUUAAGACACCCACGCUGGUACCUUGAAGGACCAAAAAAAUCGGAUAACACGAAUCAACGUUUUCCCCCAUUUACGUCAAUGCAAAAAUUCUCACAGAUCAAUGCUCACCGUUUUCUCAUUCCUUUUAAUAAUCUCAAAAUAUCCUCCCACUAUAUUUGGCGCGCCAUUCGAUGUGCUUUCUCCGUCCAUUUUAAGGUUAUAAGAAUCUCGACGAUACUCGCCCGACGCUAUAAAGCUUCUGUCAUUAAUCCGUUCCAAUCCUGUCGGUGCCUGCAUUACAAUGACGACGGAACAUUACCGCAGUGGCGUAGUUUCUCAGCACAAGAACGUCCAGUGAUGACAAUGGCUACGCUUGACGAACACUCCUGUAACAAAAACAAAGAAAACCAAAUAUAAGGAUACACUCGUCUACAGCUUUACUUCUUGCCAAGAAUAAAAGUUGGGCAAAAAUAUAAAAACAGAAAAGCUAUCAAAGUGCAAUAUAAUACUCCCGUGCUAUUUACAUGUGCAUACUAUUUAUAUACUCUGUACUGAAGAUUCUCGUAUGCGUUUUGGAUUCGUGGGACAUUCGUUCGUUCGACUUGGCUAUAUUUUUAUAAUAGCCAGUCGAGCAGACGACGACUGGCAGGAGCACAUAUCUAGGUUCUAUUGUGUCGAAAGCAACGGCCCAGCGAAGGGACAGCCAAUUGCGACUGUCGCGCGUUGAGUAUUGACCCAAGGGCGUAGGUCCGUUAUAACGUUGUACCCGAAGUGUCCGUCGGAAAGGAAAAAGUGCCUCGCGAAACCCUGGGGAUCUGUCAUAAAUCCCGAAUGGUACGUGGGAUCGUAUAUAAUCCUAACCUAAAAGACAAAAGGCCAAAAGAGGACGAAGGAGAAGUACAGAAACUCCACAAAUAUCUCAAGACGAAACAAAACACUGUCUUAUUAGCGAAUACGACGCUACCAGACGAGACAAACAAAUUAAAUAGACAGAAAAAGGAACAGAAACAACAAAAACCACAAAAAUAAAUAUCCGAAAACCGUGUUACAGCGAUCACGAAUUUUUUCGAUUAUCGUUCUGCACUCGAGGAUACAUAUAUAUAUAUAUAAUAAAAGCACUGUGAGAAGGUCGUGUCUCGCAGUGCAUUAUCGGACGUAUAUACUUAUCUUAAAAAAUGUCUUAUCAAGGUCAAGGAUAAAAAACCUGACUGUACCAGCGGUUUUCCAUACAUUUUUUUUUUCCACCACCAUCAAACCGCCAGAUAACAUCAAGAUGCACAUCUCCAUAGAUACCGCACCUCGUCGCAUCAAAAGUCCCAUAUCGAUGACGCGCUGGGAUCGAUUAUCAACAAAAUGGCGUCACGAUAUCGCUCGGUUUGAUCGGGAAAAUUUGUUCUCCCUUUUUUAAAAAAAAAAAAAAGUGUUGACAAAACCCAACGCUCCGUACUCAAUAGGCGCGUCGUAUUUACUCGAGCGGAGUUAAUUCUUUACUAUAAAGCUCCGACCUAAGCUCGUGGUAUAUUUUGAGACUUUUAUGCAAAAUCAUUCUGUGUUACGCGUUACGCGUCUGUUCACUGUAAAUAGCUCGUCCCAUACUGCGUUACAGUACUUGUAAUUGCGUAACGUGACUAUGUAUAUCUAUAUACUGUAAUAAUGUAUUUAACACGCCUUCUGUCAAGCUGUGAUCACUCUAGGUAUGGAUAUUGGAAUAGAUACUUAAAAUGAAGAGAAAAGAAAAAAAUAAUAAGAAAAAAAAAAGAAUACGCGAAUUUGACUCACGACCGCGACGCCGGGCGUCUUGCGUUGGCAGACAGCGUUUAUCCGGGAGGAAAAAAAAGAAAAACAGGAACAACAAUAUCCGGACUCCUCGGCAGCGAACGAGGAGAUAAAUAAAUGAUGCGUAUGAGGUAAAUCGAAUGCUACCCAAUGAAACGCGCUAACAAAUAUCAUUCGACGAUGAUAACAUUUGGAGAUACGUGGGACCAGAUAACGUUUGCUGUAACUAGCGACUUUUUGUUCCAUCUAUACAAUGUAUAUAUAUAUAUAUAUAUAUAUAUAUAUAUAUAUAUAUGCAUUAAAUAAAUAUAUAUAUAUAUAUAUACAUAUACUUUUUAGUGCAUCGUUCAUUCCGAAAGUGCAGUAUUACGGACGUAGAUAAUAAAGUGCAUCUCGUGAAGCCCCUAUGAGAAAUAGUAAAGUCAAAAAUAAAAAGCACAAUAAAUCGAGUGAAAAAAUUUCCGUAUAUUAAAACUUUCAAACGAAAAUCACAUAAAUUAGCAAAACGAAGAAAUUACAUUGCGCGAAAAUCAAGUUAAAUGCAUGAGAUACUACGCGAGUCGUAAAGAUACGUUUAACGUGAAAUAAUAAUAAAAUCCGUGGUAACUUCGCGAUAAUGAAAUAUUCACGCGAACACAGUAGACCGGAAAUCAUAAGCAUAAUUAACCCAUUCGAAUGCAUCGAGGAAAGAAAAGUUUCCGACGUUCUAGCGUUUCCUCCAUAUGCGUGCCCCAUUCGUAUGUAUCAGCUGGGUAUGGUUAGCCGGCCGAUAUUUCCAAGGUAUAAGUAAAAAGAUAUGAAGACGUUAUUUCUCAUAGGGGUAAUUACGGAAACUCAAUUAAAAAAGAAAAAAGUCUCGAAGAUAACCCAGUGGAUCCUAUCGAGCGAGCUUCCCGAACUUACACCAAGCCAAAUAAGAGACGUUGGAUUCCGCUGGGAGUCGAGAUAUAUGUAUAUACUGGGUUAUUCGACCCAAACGCACCAUAUGAACAUGGUUUUACCAUAAGACUCAAAUGGACGUGCUAACUUCAGGUGGUGCGUUUCUACUGAAUAAUCCAUAAUAUAUAUAUAUUAUGUUUACGGCAAACGUACGGGCUGAAGUUGGACGCAAUUGAACAACUAUGUUAGUCGGGGCUAUGUAGUCUUGUUAAACAAAUUAAAUAAUAUGAAAUUCCUGAUCUUAGCUAUGUUAUGACGUUAACUUUCAGUUCUUUAAUGAUGCCACCCUGCUCUGAUUCAUGAAAUCACCCACUCAGGGCCAAUUUCAGCUGGUGCGUUUGCCGUGAACAACCCUUUAUAUAUAUAUCGAGAGCGCGAGAAUAAUAAUGGUAAUGAUGAUAAUAAUAACAAUACUCCUAGAUAAUAGUAAUACUAUCGAUUUUCUUUCUAUACCAUGUGCCCGAAUCCGCAUCCUCCUUUAUACGAGUACGAAAACGAAUACAUUGGUACGGGAGACCGGAGAUUCGGGGGAAUAUAUAUAUAUAUAUAUAUAUAUAUAUAUAUAUAUAUAAUUAAUUGUAUUUCCGUGCGAAUGAUAACACAGCGCACUAUUGUAAUAUUAUAUAUGUAUAAAUGUAUACACGAUUGACGAUAACUCACAUUAUAUUUUGUUAUACCGGGUUGUUCGGUCCAAACGCAUUUAUUUAAUUAUUAUGGUACAGCCAUGUUCAGGUUAGGUCAGGUUAGGACUGAAUAACCGGGUAUAUCGUUGACAUAAGAAUUACGAAUAAUAAGCGAAUAUGUACGGGGUGUACCGUAUUGCACAUGAUCCAUACGAUACACCCUGUAGAAUUGCGACGUAAGACCUGCGACUACUUUACAUUAACAUUACUUUGGACAAACUGGUGAAAAAAGCGUUCGAAGAAUUAACGAGAGUAAAUAGAAAAAAAAAGUAUAGGGGGUGGUCAGGCAAAGUGUCGAAGAGGGUUAAGGUAGGAUAUUGAGAAAUGAGAAUAAAACGAAAUGACCUUGGUACGCGUCCGUAUAGUUAUGAAAUAAUUUUAAAAACUUAUAUAAGGAGGUAAAGGGUGAAUUUUGAUAUUUGUUUUUACUCCGUUUUAACCGUGACGAAAGUGCGUUUCACUUAAUUUUAUUAUUUUUAUUAUUUAUGAUGAUCAGAUAAAAAUCGUGUUUUUUCCCAUAAUUACCAUCAAUUACCUGAUAUCAAUGAUACAUCGUACCGGAAAACGUAUAUGUAUAAGAUUUAUGCGAAACUGCAAUUUUUUUUUAUUUUUGUAGAAUAGAUCCUAGUUCAUAAUGGUAGAUAUAGCAUAGUGCUUUAUUACAGUAGCGUCGGAUGAUAUGGUAUAUUGUAUGUCGUAGAUUAAGUGACGAGAGAAUUGACAUUUCUGCCAAUUUUUUUUUUUUGCAAAAAUUCGAUGAAAGUGACUUGAACGUAUUCGUAAUUUAAUUAUUUCUAUAAGGAACUUUCCGUUGGAGGAUUAAUUGAACGUUGUUUUUCUUCGUCGAGGUAUGACGUAACAUUGAAAACCGGCACGACUGCUCGAAUUUUUGAAUUUAUUAAGCAACCUUUACUGAUGCCACUUACCACCCCUUCGCUCCUGCCCCGUAACACCAAUGGUAUUUAUAUAUCUAAUGUAUGCAUAUAUGUAUAUGUAUAUCAUUCAUGGUGAAUUGAGCAGACAGAAACGUUUUCAUGAAAAUAUAUCCCAAAGUCUCUGUUAUAUGUAAUAUAUAGUAGUAAUGUUGCUCGAGCGACGUAUGAAUAAUGUUCAAUUAUCAUAAUGUAAAUUAAUAACUAUGUUCGACUGUCCUUGUAAUAUCUAUAUGUAAUUUAUAUUGUAUACUGAACCAUCGUUUGACAUGGAUUUAUCGUACGAGUGCUGCCAUUUUAUGGAUAUAUAGAGACGGCGAAUUUCUCCUAAAGGGAUAUAGGGUCGAUAGAGAGCAAGGGAGACAGAUAUAUAUAUAGAGAGAGUGAGAGAGAGAGAGAGAGUAAAUGUACGAAUGAGCGUAUAUAAAUGAGCGAGUGAGAGAAAGAAGAUAUUAACUAACGCGGUCAUUAAAUGUUUCUAAAGAGAAUGACGACUACCUUCGAAACUCCGAGGACCACGAAUUCACAAUAAUUGUUGUCUCGUGAACGUGAUAUAAUAUCUAGUAAUCUGUAAUUGGACUUUUUUUCGUAAAGCGAGAGAAAAAGAGAAGUGGGGGGGGGAGAGGAAAAAAAAAGGAAAUUUAAAAGAAAAAAGUUACACUGAUACAAGCCCUAAUAAUUGUUGUUCGUCGAAGAAAAUAAGCAAAGAGAAAAAAAUAAAAAAUGUAGUGGGAUAUAUAGAUAAAUACCGAAUAAUUAAUGUCGUGCUUCGAUAUACUUAAAUGUCAAAGAUAUAACGAACGAUUUACGAAGAGAAGCGAAAGUUAAAGGGAUAUUUUAAUCGUGAAGUAUUUCACUUCUGUAGCGCGACAUGUUGUUAUCUCAUUGGUCGGUUGACGUUUUUUUAUAUGUUUUUAAUUUCCUUCUGAUAUUUUAAUAUACGAACGUUGAAGAAUUAGGCAGGGAGGCAUAGAGAUAGAUGGAUAAGAAGAAAGAGAAAUAAUAAUAGUGAAUAAUAUAGAAAAAUGAUCAGUGUCCUAUAUCGAGUAGACAUGUAUGUAUAUGUAGAUUAGAGUAGAGACGAUGAUGACGAAGUUUUAGAGACUACAAUUCUAAAAAUCAUAUAGUUUAUAGAGUAAACGGCGUAUUGUAUUGAAUUAUAUAAAUGUGUUUAUUUUGUACUGGAUGUAUUUCGCGUUGAUGUAUUUUUCGUAAAGCCGAGUUCACCUGCCGUCGUUCAAAAUUUACCGGGCGACGGUGUGUCUCGUAGCUAUAUAUUUUAUUGUGACACGUGUCGGUGUAGAUUUUAUAAUAUUGUAAUAAAUACAUUCAUUUUACAUGACUA